AUGUCAAACUUGGCUUACAAAUGUUUGAUGGAAACAAACGAGUUGACUGGGUCAAAUUUCACGGAUUGGCUCCGUUGUUUGCGCUUGGUGCUAAGGCAUGACAAGGUUGAGUAUGUACAGGACAAACCAAUCAGUGUCAUCCCCGAUAAGGAAUCUCUUGAGUUUGCUACGUUUGACGUUGAAGCUCAUCAGAAACACAUUGAUAUUGCUUGUGAUGCUCAGUGUGUCAUGUUGUCAUCUAUGAGUUUGGAACUGCAAAGACAACAUGAACACAUGUUUCCAUAUGAAAUGCUUAAGCACUUGGAGAGUUUGUAUGCUUCACAAGCUCAAACUAUGGAGUAUGAGAUACUUCGCGAUCUCUUCAAGUGCAAGCUUCAUGAUGGAAGCAAGGUUUCUGAGCAUGUGCUGAAAAUGAUUGGUUUGAUUGAGAGGUUAGCAUCGAUUGGAACGGUGCUCCCCGCAAAUGUCUCAACAAAUCUAAUUUUGCAGUCUCUUCCUAGUAGUUUUGAGAAUUUCAUUGUGAAUUUCAACAUGAACAACACGAAGGUUGGGCUGCCAGAGCUGCACAAUAGGUAG